AUGAAUCUCAAGAGUUUGGCUUCCUUGCUCAUCACAGUGGCUCAUUUCAAAGUAUCAAGUGGAAUGACUAUAAACAAGUUGCAGAGUCGUCGAUACGUUGGCUUUGAUCUAGGUACUUCCGGUGCCCGAAUAUCGGUGAUUGAACAAGAAGAACAAGACCAAUCCAACUAUCGAGAAGUUCACGCCGAAUCGAUAAAAUGGAAUGGGAGCGAUGCCUAUGAUGAUGCGAACUCAUGGAUGAAUGCGGUACAUAGCCUUCUUCGUGGAGCAUCCAUUAGUUUGGGUGGAUUGAAUUCGGUGGCCUCCAUUUGUGUCUCGGGAACAUCUGCCAGCUGUUUGCUCAUGGACCGAACGACAAUGGAGGUAACUCGCAAGCCUCGCAUGUACAACUAUGACGUUAUUGGAAGUACCAAGGACGACAAAAAUGCCAAAGAAGCAAUGGAGUUGCUGGAGAAGCAUGCCCCACCAAAACACACGGCUCGUGCUCGCACUGGAUCUUUGGCCAAACUGUUGACUUGGAUCAAGGAAGAACCUCUUUCGGAGAAUGAAGUCCUGUGUCAUCAAUCUGACUAUGUUUCGCAGAAAAUAAUGGGUAAAUCGACAGAAUUAGUGUCCAGUGAUUGGCAUAAUUGUCUCAAACUGGGGUACGACGUGAAAAACACAAAAUGGCCCACUUGGAUGGCAGACUGCUUCACUGAAGCUGGUUAUUCGGAUGCACUCUCUGAAAAUGGUAUUCUCCCCUUGGAGAUUGUAUCGCCUGGUGCUAGAAUGGGAGUCAUCCACAAUGAAGUGGCCCGGGAGCUGGGUCUCCCAGACGACUGCGUCAUCGUGGGUGGGACUACGGAUUCGAAUGCUGCGUUUUUUGCUGCAGCUGGCACCAGACCCGCUGUUGGAACGGCCGUCACCUCCCUAGGAAGUACGCUGGCAAUGAAACAAAUGAGUCACGAAUAUGUGGAAGAUGCAUCCAGAGGUGUCUACAGUCACCGUUUUCCAAGCUUUGAAGAAUCCGAGGAUGCGACAUGGUUGGUCGGAGGAGCUAGCAAUGUUGGUUGCGCCAUUUUGAGAAAACUGGAAUUUAGCAAUGACGAACUUGCCAGUUUGAGUAAGGAAAUUGAUCCAACUAAAGACAGUCCACUGGAAUACUACCCACUGGUUAAACCUGGAGAGCGAUUCCCAACGGCAGACUCUGAUAAGCAGCCAGUCUUGGAGCCAGUUCCAGCCGAUCGAAAAGACUACCUACAUGGCAUAUUGCAGGGUAUCAGUGACGUAGAACGAGAUGGCUUUGAGGUUCUCCAAGAGCUUGGGGCACCACCACCUACAAUCGUUUGGACCUGUGGAGGUGGGUCGAACAACGAUGUGUGGAGUGAAAUGAGGGAGCGACGAUUAGUAACGAAAUUUGACAAUCCAGACAUCAAGGUUAAAAAGGCAGAAUGUACAGAGGCGUCCUAUGGCGCAGCACUUUUAGCUGCAGCUACAUUUAUUGAGUGUAGAUAA